AACACAUUCAGGUUUGAUCACCAUUUUGAUCUUAAAUAAGCUUACAAAGUCAACACCGAUGCAUCCCACUGGGACAGCCAUGUGUUUGAGACAAUACUAUGAAAAUCCGCAGAAAAAUAGAAAAUCCGUCGUAUAUUAAUUAAAUUGGCAUCACGCACGAUUUUCUCGGUGUUGGUGUUUGGAAAUUACAGGAUAGUUAUUAUGCUUAUUUUUAAUUAGAUUUAUUGAUAGAAAAAUGUUUUAUUGGUGAGUGUACAAACAUCCAAACAAUCAGUAAUUUAAAAAUUCAGUCAGGACAGCGUGUAUGGAAUUCAAGAGAAAAUGAUUGUUUGGAUUUAUACACUGGCAGCAACAGUGAUAUUCUGUGCCUUAAAAAUACACACAGUUCAGGAAAAGAACUUCACGUUCUCAAUUCUGGAAGGUGAUAAUGCCACAUUACCGUGUAUCCUUCCGCCGGAGUUGUCUGAAAAUAACACCGUAUAUUGGCACUAUGGAACACAAACUAUUUCCGAGGGUGAAAAUAUAACUACUAAAGGAAAUAAAGACAGACUGUCCCUUCAGAGAACCGCUAUCCUAAGGAAUGGGAGGGUGGUAUACGCUCAUUAUACGUUAUCUCUCCCGGUGGUUACAGGAUACGAUGCUGACAAGAUCUACCUACAGGUGUGCAACACUGCACGUGUAACGUUAUAUUGUAAUGUAACAGGCCGGCCGUCACCCACUAUCCAAUGGUAUAAAAGGAAACCUGAUGGUAAACUAAAAUACUUAAAACUUAAUACUGAAAGUAUAUUUAUACCUGACGUGAGACAUUCCAAUGCGGGCAUUUAUCUUUGUAAAGUGUCAAACAGACAUGGUCAAGCUGGAAUGGAGUUCCAUAUAUCAGUUGUCGAUCUCGUUGAGGAAUUGGUAACUGUCCGUGGCCCGCAGGAGCCCUAUCAAAGACGUCCAGCCAAGGUUAUGAGCUCAGCGUCUGCACAAUAUCCCUCGAUGCAACUAUUUAUAUAUUUUCAUUCCUAUAUCAUACGUUUAUGUUUUACCCAUCGUUAAUGUUGCGAUAUCAAUAUAACACUGUAACAUACAUGCUUUGUUACGCCUUUUUUACUUAAUCAAUUAAACUUAGUUAAACAAACCAAUUCAAGAUAUUCAACAAGAUCGUAAAGUUAACUAUAAUAAUUAGCUUAUAUUUAACACAAAGUCAUGUGUUUUCGCGAAUCAUUUAGAAAAUCGAGAAGAUUUUUGCAGUUGUAACUCCGGUCUCAAUUUCCGGUUAAAAUCAAGGACGUUUUGUUUAUAAAUCAUCAACCCUGCGCUCUUUGAUGUCAGUCAGAUGCUGAAAACCCCUGCUUUAUGACCUGCCACUGCAACUUACAUAAUUAUAUUCAAAGCUGUUUCGAACCCAGUACAGAACCAGCCUAUUGGCCUGUCAGUGUAGGUUCAUUUCCCAUUCUAUGUAACCCGCAUCGCCCGUAAUGAGAAAAGAAGACGAAUGUUUUAGUAGUUUUGAAGAUGUAAAAAAGAAAGCAACAAUAACAUAAUUCAAGUUAUUACCACAUUAAUUCAUAAUAAUCAAAUAUGAAACUUUAAUUUAAGCACACGAGAAUGGUAAUUUAUUCUAAUUUAACCUUGAUGAUGUACUAUAUGCACCGCUACAGGGCAACUCAUAGAUAUUCAACUUUAUUUACUGUUGAAUAUUAUAGCGAAAUGAUUUAUACGUGAAUAUAUAUGCACGUAAAUAACAAUGUAUGCCCUACUUCCUUUUAUUUAAAUGUCAACUCUUGAUUUAUUCUGUCAUAAAAAUAAGCCGAAUUUGCAUGUUUUUGUUUUGCUGUAUAUAAUUAUUUUGUAGCAAAAUAAA